UUUUUUUUUUUUUGUUGCCACAAAUUAUUGAUAAUCGUAAUAACUAAUGCAGAAACGCUCUAUAUUCUAUAUCAUACUUACAUGCAUACAACUGACUAGCCUUGCCUAUUCACCUGUCGUAUUAUGGCAUGGCAUGGGAGAUGAUUGUUGCAAUCCCGAAUCCAUGGGUCGAAUUACUGAAUUGCUUAAAGAACAUAUAUCAAACGACGUUUUUGUGCAUAGUGUAAAAGUGGGUAACACAAUCAACGAUGAUCACAAAGCAGGCUUUUUCGGCAAGAUAGCUGAACAAGUUGACAAAGCUUGUGAACAAUUAUCAAAUAUACCGGAAUUGAGCGGUGGCUUCAAUGCAAUUGGGUUUUCACAAGGUGGUUUGUUUUUAAGAGCCUACGUCGAAAGAUGCAACAAACCUCCAGUUCACCGCUUGAUUACCUUUGGAUCUCCUCAUGCGGGUGUAUCAGAUAUACCAAAUUGUAUGAAUCCUAAAGAUUUUACAUGCAGAAUAAUGAGGUCCAUGGUUCGUGGAAGUGUUUACUCAGAUUAUAUUCAGAACCGGGUAAUUCAAGCACAAUACUAUCGAGAUCCUAACAAUGAACAAGCCUAUCUGAAUCGAAAUAUCUUUUUGCCUGACAUAAAUAACGAAAACGACCGAAAUGAAACGUAUAAAGAGAACUUGUCUGCAUUAGACAAGUUCGUUAUGAUCCGUUUUGAUCAAGACGUCAUGAUAAAGCCGAGUUUUACAGCAUGGUUCUGGAGAGAGCAAGAGAACCACGAUUUAUUACCUCUAAAGAAUCAGAAGCAAUACACAGAAGACUGGCUAGGGUUGAAAUCUUUAAAUGAUCGAGGACGCCUAGAAUUUUUAGUGUGUCCAGGGCAGCAUAUGCAGAUUCGCGAUGAAUAUUUGGUCAAACAAGUUAUUGAGCCGUACUUAAAAGAUAAUGACGGCAUAAAUAGACUGCACUUACUUCAUCAAAAGCCUUUUGAGUUACGCAAAGCCUAGUUAUAGUAGAGUUGCAGAAGCACAAGCAUAUCGAACGGCUAUAUCUCGAUAAUAACUACUAUAUACUAUCUUGGUUGGAAAAAAAAAGCUUAUUCUCCCUUUCAUAAUUUCUUCUUCUUUCAUCAAUUGUAGUCGACUAUACACCAACCCCUUAUUUCUGGAUAUGUUUUAUAUAUACAUAUAAUUGUCACCCUUCAAUUUUUAUUUUUUUAUUUUUUUAUUUUUUUUUUAUUUUUUAUUUUUUCA